UGCUCUUCACCAAAAAAAAGAAAGUAUUUAACUUGUAAUUUCUCCCACCCUUCCCAGUCCGGACACAUUAGCGAGACACUUCCAGACCCAGAUUCUGUCGUGGCGGACCUCCCAAAGGAUAGGCCGCUGCGGGUAUUUGCUGAGUACGAGUAUGUUAGGGACUACCUUACCGACAGCCGUUUUGUGGUAACGGAUGUUGCGGAAGAGGCCGACAUUCUUUGGCUUGUCACACACUUCAAAGAUUACAAGGGUCUUCGUGAAAAACCACACUGUCGAGUAAACCAGUUCCCCUGUGAGCACUUGAUAACUGUGAAGGACCUCCUGGCCAUUGUGUGCAGAAGGGCUGCAGACCAAGAAAAGAGUGAGGAGAAGGAAACAAGUGGACCCUCUUGGCUUCCUGUGACUUAUUGCUUAAAAAGGGAGCUUGUGAAGUUUGUUUCGCUCUUUCAGAGGAGAGAAAAGCGGGGAGAGGAUAACCACUGGAUCAUUAAACCCUGGAACCUAGCACGAGGCCUGGACCACACCAUCACCAAUAAUAUAAACCACAUUGUUCGGUUGCCUGCCACUGGCCCAAAGAUUGCUCAGAAGUACAUAUCAAACCCAGUCCUGUUCCACAGAGAUGACAUCAACUGUGAUGUCAAGUUUGAUGUCCGCUACAUUGUGAUGCUGCUAAAUGUGAAACCAUUGAAGGUUGCUGUGUACAAACGCUUCUGGAUUAGAUUUGCCAACAAGCAGUUUGAAUUGAAUGGGUUGGAUGAUCCUCAGAAGCAUUUUACAGUUAACAAUUAUAAUGAUGCAUAUCUCCUGCAGAUGUACUGUCACGACUUCAUCGCCAAAUUUAAUGCUCAGAAUCCGGAACAUCCAUGGAAAAUUACAGAGAAAAAAUUGUUUGACAUAUUUCUCCAGGUCUUCAAGGCAGCCACCUCCCAAGAUGCUCCCGGCGGCAUCCCCCAGAACGCUCAGUGCAAAGGGUUCUAUGGGUUUGACAUCAUGCUGGAGUGGGUGGAGAAGGAUGGUCAGAAAACCAUGCAGCCAUUAAUUCUGGAAGUCAAUUUCAACUCAGAUUGUAAAAGGGCUUGUGAAUAUUAUCCUGAAUUCUUCAAUGAUGUUUUCAGUGUCAUGUUCUGUGAUGAAACAGAUGGUCAUAAUGUUGCAGUUCUUCAGUAAAUUGCAGACUACCCUUGUAUGCCUUGUCAUACUCUGUGAUAUGUACUAGAUUCUCUCUGCAAAUGUUGAAAUUGUCUUUGUAAACACAAAAGCUGUAAUUUCAUUGAACAUCAUGUGUGGUAUUAGCAUGACCUUUUUUUGUUUGUUUGUGUUUAAUGGUGGUCUUGAAAGUAUUUAAACAAACUCCUCUUCAUGUUUUUUAGGAUAAUGAAACCUGACCUUUUGAAGUAUUUUGGUGGAUAUUGCAUGUCAAUUUGCCUUGCUGGCCUCACUGUGGUAGAAAUUGCACACCUAUAGAACAUAACAAGGCACAGAAAUUGUGAUUUUUUUUUUCUUUUUUUUAAUGGAGAAAGAGAUUUCCAGUGUAAUAAUCUCAGUUUUUCCUGGGACGUCCCCCAAGGGCAUGGCCAUAUCCCUGAGCAGGAGAUUUCAGGCGUAAAACCAUAUUAUAGAACUUUCCCAGUUAAUGGAUAGAGUGUAAUUGAGAGCAUGCUGGUGCAUUAUUAUAGGUUGUGUAAUAAAAACUUGAGGCUUUUGCACUGCACAUAUUAUUUGAUGUAUGAAUAUAUUGCAGAUGCUCAUUUCCAUGAUGGAAUUUCCUAGUUACCUCCAGCUCGUAAACAUUCCACAGCUCUCAACAAAUUGACAAAAUUGUUCUUAUGUGUUGUAUCUCAUGAUGAAAAAAAAGUUUGCUCACAUCACUUUGAAAUAUAAACAAAAGACGAAAUUAACAUCUGCGAUAAAAUCACAAUGUUCGCAGCUCAAAAUAUGUCGGUUAGUGUUUUGUAGCCUUGCAUGCGGACAAUCACAUUAUCCUGGAUAUUUAAUUACAUCUCUUAACACAGCAGUAUUUGUGGGUUGUGUAUUGAUAAGGUUAUUGUGGUGUAAUGCUUAGUGAAGUGCCUGUAAUUCUUAGAUAUGUAUAAUAGAAUCAAUCACAAAAAGUGUUUUCCUCCUUUAAACUCUGUUGCAGAGGACAAUAUAUUCACUGGAAUAUGAAUUCAUUAUUGGUAAUAGAGGAGUUGUCAAAGAAUACAUAAUGUAAGAAACAAACUAUUUUCCGUGGAUGAUUAUUUUAUAAGUUUCUUCUUUUUUUUUUUUAAUGGAGAAAGAGAUUUCCAGUGUAAUAAUCUCAGUUUUUCCUGGGACGUCCCCCAAGGGCAUGGCCAUAUCCCUGAGCAGGAGAUUUCAGGCGUAAAACCAUAUUAUAGAACUUUCCCAGUUAAUGGAUAGAGUGUAAUUGAGAGCAUGCUGGUGCAUUAUUAUAGGUUGUGUAAUAAAAACUUGAGGCUUUUGCACUGCACAUAUUAUUUGAUGUAUGAAUAUAUUGCAGAUGCUCAUUUCCAUGAUGGAAUUUCCUUGUUACCUCCAGCUCGUAAACAUUCCACAGCUCUCAACAAAUUGACAAAAUUGUUCUUAUGUGUUGUAUCUCAUGAUGAAAAAAAAGUUUGCUCACAUCACUUUGAAAUAUAAACAAAAGACGAAAUUAACAUCUGCGAUAAAAUCACAAUGUUCGCAGCUCAAAAUAUGUCGGUUAGUGUUUUGUAGCCUUGCAUGCGGACAAUCACAUUAUCCUGGAUAUUUAAUUACAUCUCUUAACACAGCAGUAUUUGUGGGUUGUGUAUUGAUAAGGUUAUUGUGGUGUAAUGCUUAGUGAAGUGCCUGUAAUUCUUAGAUAUGUAUAAUAGAAUCAAUCACAAAAAGUGUUUUCCUCCUUUAAACUCUGUUGCAGAGGACAAUAUAUUCACUGGAAUAUGAAUUCAUUAUUGGUAAUAGAGGAGUUGUCAAAGAAUACAUAAUGUAAGAAACAAACUAUUUUCCGUGGAUGAUUAUUUUAUAAGUUUCUUCUUUUUUUUUUUUUGUUAAGUUUAAUCACAUGCUCAAUUUGUUUAAUAAUUAUGGUCAAAUUCCAUAAUGUUACUGUUUCACUUUGUUACAUUGUAUUGAAAUGUAUAUUUUAUUUGCCUUAAGUUGAGGCUGAAAUAUAUGCAAAUGUAUGAUGUAGUACAGGAUGAAUGUUAUAGGUAAGGGAUAACAAUAGUAGUCAAAAUUAACCACCCUUUUGCAGAAGGAAAGUAAAGUUUAGGGAAAGGAGAGUUACCCCUCAUACAAGAUUAUGAAUCACGAGUAGAAGGCGAGAUACUGAAUGUUAGAUAAUGACAUGUGAGGUUCCUUAUUGCUGUUGGUAAAGAGAAGUAGAUUGUGAGGCUUUUUGUUAUUAAAGACAGAAAAGUUAAAGACACCUUUAUGUCCCAAGGAGCCACUGACUCAGAAUCACAAUAGAUCACAAAUUACUACUAAAAAGUUCAUCCUGUAUUGUUUAUGAGUGAAUAGAUUAUGUUGUUGAAGGAAAGGCAAGAAUGUAGGAGUGUAUUAAGUUUCUCUCAUAUUGAGAUAAUUUAUUGUUAGUAAUACUAGAUAUGUUCUUUUGUUUACAUCAUCUUAUUGGUGCAGUGGCUAUUUAUGUUUUGAUUAUUUAGCCAUUCUGUAUUGUAAGAAAGUAUUAAAAACUUUAUUUUA